AUGCAGUCGAAAGAGCAUGGAAGCAUCGCCAUUUCUGAUUCCCCACCUGAUCCGCCGGCCCCUCCCCGAACGGACGAUGGAGCAGCAAAGGAGAUCGAUGGCCAGGAGAACCACCCAGAAGAGGGCCUAACCAUCCAGCGGCCGAAGGAAGACGCCUUCGCAUGGCUGCAAGUCCUGGGCGCCUUCUGCCUGAAUCUGAACACCUGGGGUCUGAUGAACGCCUUCGGGGUCUUCCAGACUUUUUACCAGCUGGACUUUCUGCGCUCGUACUCGGCGUCGAGCAUCGCAUGGAUCGGGUCGACGCAGGCCUUCCUGCUGUUCCUGGUGUCCCUCGCCGCCGGGCCCAUCUUCGACAGGGGCCACCUAAAGCCCUUGUUAUGCGUCGGCUCCGUGCUGCUGGUGCUAGGCACGUUCCUCACCAGCAUCGGCUCCCAGUACUGGCACGUGUUCCUGGCCCAGGCCGCCAUGACCGGGCUCGGCUUCGGCUGCUUGUACCUGCCCGCUCCCGCCGUGGUGUCCCAGUAUUUCCAUGAGAGCAUCGCGUUGGCGAAUGGCGUCGCCUCUACCGGCAGUGCCGUCGGCGGCGUCAUAUUCCCAAUCGUCUUCACCCGGAUGCAGUUGCAGAUCGGGUUCCCGUGGGCAGUCCGCGUGCUGGGGUUUAUCCUCCUCGGGACCUCGAUCGUAGUGGUAGCGGUGAUGAAACGGAAGACGCCGCCUCCUGCCGCGUCCCGCAGCCUGGUCGACCGCUCCGCGUUCCGGGACGUGCCGUACAUCCUGCUCAACCUGGGCCUCUUCUUCGGCUUCAUGGGCCUCUACGUCGUCUUCAACUACAUCCAGCUGCUGGCGCUCAGCAGGACCGACGUCUCGCCCGCGCUAGCCGACUACCUGCUGGUCAUCAUCAACGCGAGCUCGCUGCCGGGCCGGCUGGUUCCGACCUACUACGCCGACAAGAUCGGCUCGGUCAAUGUGCAGACGGCCGUCGCGCUGGCGAGCGCCGUCCUGACCUUUUCCCUGAUCGCCGCCCGCACGGCGCCGGCCGUCGUCGCCGUGAGCGUGCUGUUUGGCUUUGCGGCCGGCGCCUUCAUGGGCCUGCCCGCGGCCGCGGUAGUGGCUCUGAGUGCCGACAAGUCCAAGAUUGGCACGCGGCUGGGAAUGACGCUCGCGUUUGUGGGGGUUGGCGUUCUGAUCAGCAAUCCCGUUGCCGGCGCCAUCUUGGGCAGCGACGGCAACUGGGUUGGUUUGCUCGCGUGGGCCGGCGCGCUCCUCGCCGCCUCGAGCGUGUCCAUGGCGGCGAGCCGGGUUGUUAAGGUCGGCUUUGGCUUGACGAGAGUGCUGUGA